UUUCCCAGCGGACAGAUACGAGGUGAAGCUAAAUACAGAUGCAGCAUUCCUAACUCUACAUCUGAACAGUCUGUCUGAGACUCCAUAUCUUCCUGCAGGUGUGUUUGUGCCAUGGAGAGAUGAUUGAAGGUCUUUCUUCACACAUGAGGAGGCCAAUGUAUUGUUGAGAAGGAAUGCAAUUACAGCUGUUUCAUUUGGUUUUGCCAGCCUCUCACCACCUUGCUGCUCUGCAUUGGCUGGCAGUUUUGGGCUGUUGCCAGAUCAGUUUUUUUCACCCAGAGCAGCUCUGUGACACCUGCUCUCGUUGCAGACUGUGAACUGUGAUGUGGUUUAAAAUUACUUGGGGUAAAUGCGAAGCAAGAAGUGUAAUGUGCCCAGUGGUCUUGUGUAAUACAGAGAGAGGGAGACUGUGAAAAUAUACUUGGUGAACCAUAAAUGCUCAAAUGAAGUCUGGCUUUGAGUGGAGUUCACCCAGACUUGUGCCUCUCUGUUUGUUCUGCAGUGCACCUCCAGCUCUCCUCGACAUGCACCCCCUUUUCCUCUGCAUCACUCUGUCUGGGCAGCCCCUUCUUCUUCCCUUUUGUUGUUGCUGGACUGCUGCUGUCCAGCUCUCUCCUCCCCAGGACAGAGGUGUUCAGAUCAGCUGGAAGCAAAAGGAGCCCCUUGUUGUCCAGAACAGCACCCAGCCCUGCUGAACCCAGCCCUGUGGAGCUGUAGGUCAAAGAGUGGCACUGAAGGAAGAGUUGUAGCUUGGCCUUUGUUUCCCAGAGGGCUAGCUCAGAUUUUUGGAUGGGGGAGGAAGGGGAUGGGGGUGCUGGGACAAGGCAGGGUAGGGGCAGAGGCAGUCAGUGGACUGAGCUUGUGCAUCCCUGCACUGUGCUGUCCUCUGUUUAAUCUGUCACUGUGUGUGCACCUUCUGUGCCCUGUGCAGCUUGCUCAUGGAAACCAGAGAGUAUCUUCUGUAAGGAACUGGUGACUUACAGAAAGACUGGGUUUGUUCAGAAAGGAAUUGAGCCAGAUCAGCUGCAAUGCCAUGUUUUGUACAGGGUUUUAUGAAGUUACUUUGCACAAUUGGUGAUGAGGCUCUGGAGAAUUUUUCCAUCUAUUUGUCUUAAAGUAAAAAAUUAUAAUGAAAUCCUUUGUGGCUUGUACUUCUCUUAUUAUGGUUUGCUACAGGACAGAUGCUUUAGAGAAGUCAACAGGCUGCUUGGAACUGGCAUUGUUAAUGGUGCACUCUUGGCACUCACUAAUUCUGUCUGGCUUCUUAUUUCUGAAGUGGACCCCUCAGUGGAGAACUGGAGAGCCUUGCAGUCAUUAAUGUGUUUGUCUUCACAGUGCUCCAGGAAACUAGAUGCCAAAUCACUUAUAAAGCUGAAUUUUGCUAAAAACAGUGAAGGCAAGUACCACUGUCCAGUGCUAUUCACUGUAUUCACCAAUAACUCCCAUAUUGUGGCCAUCAAGACUACUGGAAAUGUAUUUGCCUAUGAGGCAGUCGAGCAGCUGAACAUAAAACCAAAGAGCUACAAGGAUCUCCUGACAGACGAGCCCUUCACUCGGCAGGACAUUGUGACACUGCAGGAUCCAACCAACCUGGAUAAGUUCAACGUCUCAAACUUCUUUCACGUUAAGAACAACAUAAAAGUAGUUGAUCCAGAUGAAGAAAAAGCAAAAUUGGAUCCAUCUUACUAUUUGAAAAAUACAAACACAGAGACCCGAGAGACUUUACUGGAGCUUUAUAAGGAAUUCAAAGGUGAUGAUAUUUUAGCAGCUACUAUGAAGGCUCCUGAAAAAAAGAAAGUGGAUAAGCUGAAUGCAGCUCACUAUUCCACUGGAGCUGUAAGUGCUUCCUUCACCUCCACUGCAAUGGUGCCUGAAACUACUCACGAAGCAGCUGCUAUUGAAGAUGAUGUUGUGAGGUACCAGUAUGUGAAGAAGAAGGGAUAUGUGCGACUUCACACCAAUAAAGGAGACCUAAACCUGGAGCUGCACUGUGACAUGACACCCCGAACAUGUGAAAAUUUUAUCAAAUUGUGCAAGAAGAACUAUUAUGAUGGGACAAUUUUUCACCGAUCAAUUCGGAAUUUUGUGAUCCAAGGAGGUGAUCCUACUGGGACAGGAACAGGAGGAGAAUCUUACUGGGGAAAACCUUUCAAAGAUGAAUUCAAGCCCAAUUUGUCCCACACAGGACGUGGUGUUCUUAGUAUGGCAAAUUCAGGACCCAACACAAACAAAUCACAGUUCUUCAUCACAUUCCGCUCUUGUGCGUAUCUGGACAAGAAGCACACAGUUUUUGGAAGGGUGGUUGGUGGCUUUGAGACUCUGACUGCUAUGGAGAAUGUGGAAAGUGACCCAAAAACAGACCGUCCCAAGGAGGAAAUACGAAUUCAGACGACGACGGUGUUUGUUGAUCCCUAUGAAGAGGCUGAUGCGCAGGUCACUGCUGAAAGAGAGAAGUUCCAGCAGGAAGAAGAAGCAGCCAAAACAAAAGCUGAGGUGGUCCCACCACAGAAGGAGGUCCAGGCUCCUAAAACUUACCGGCAGGGGAUUGGAAAAUACAUCAACAUGGCUGCAGCGAAGCGCAGCGCAGAGGAGGACGGGCCCUCGACCAGCACAGCUGCGAAGAAAGAGAAAAAGAGCUCAGGCUUUGGGGACUUCAGCUCCUGGUAGCAGCACGGGGAGCCCAGCACUGGGGCAGCACAGCAACAACAGAAAAGGCGCCUCCCACGUGUCCCCAGAGAGCCUGAAAGACAGUCUGUCCUGGGGAGGGAAGGCACUGGCCUGCCCUUCCCCUGGGAAAGAGAACUGCUGCUUUGUUGAGGCCGGUUAAUGUGGCUUUGUUUUCUAGAGAGCUCGUCCCCCCACGCUGCAUCUUCCUCGAAGGCAGUUGUGGUGUUGUUUUGCGAAGCAGGGGCAGGCAGCCCAGCUCCCCAGGGCUCAGCUGGAGCCUUUCUCUGCAUGGCUGGCAGCGGCCCAGGCAGAGCCCAGCCCCACAGGACGCUGCAGGGAGCAGGACGGGGGUGAAAGAGCUCCUUUCACAGGUAAAGGUCCCCAGACCGCCCCGUGUGCCAAGCGAAGGAAUGAGUGAAUGUGCUGGGAAGUGCCUGUGCUGCUGCAGGGCUCUGUGCAGGGGCCCCAGCCUGUCCUGCCCUUCCCUUCCAGCUGCCUCUUGCUGCUUCUCAACAAGGACCAAUUUUGUCUCUUGCUCUUUGUGGGCCUGCUGGGAUGGUGCCGUUGGUCUCCGAAAGGCCUCGCUCGCUCCACAACAAGCCCUCUCUGAACCUGUUAAAGUGUCAACAGCCUGGGGGAAGCUGCAAAUGUAGAUGGGGAUCCAGGGGUAGCUGCACCACUUGUUGCUCCCAGUGGCUGCCCUUCCCUGAGCCACUGGACAGCCAGAGGGGCCAGGAUGCACCAGCUGACACCUGCCCUCAGGUCCCAGAAACUGCAGCCUGGAGCAACUGAGCAGGAACAGAAAGAACCGUCCCUAAGGCUGCUCCUUGCAGGGGAACACAGCCCGUGUCUGCCCUGACAUCAGGCUUCCCAUCACUAGGAAAAACCAUAUAAUAGAGCUGGCAGGCAUCUCGGAUAUUUCCAUUGCAUGCCCACAAAUUAUUAGGAAUCUUAAUAAAGCCUUAUGGAGUAAAGGGAUAUCAGCCUGUGAAGUUUUAGUCCCAAAACAUCUGUGUGUUCCCUUCGCUUAGACAUUGCAGGCUCUGUCCUGAAUGUUACUUUGGAGUUCAUCUUAGGUGUUUUCAGGUGAGAGAAAUGCCCUUCCUACCUCCUGUGUGGCUGAGGAGAAAGUUUUGUAAUCCCCUUUGGAACAAUACAUUUGUAUCGGUGGUUUCAUGUUUUAAGAGAAGACUCCACUUAUAUGAAAUUGCUGUAGAAACUUUUGGUAAAAUAUUUUGCAUUAAAUGCUUUUAUUUUCUUUUGAGUGCUUGCCUUCAACUGUUCAACUAUCAUUUCCAAGACCAUGGCAUUGCAAAGUUGAUUGUUGUACAAGGAAAUGAUUCAUUCGUGCUUUUUAAGAUGCUCGUAAGGAACUGGGAUCUCUGCGGAUAUGAUUACAUCUUUGUUAAAUCAUAGGAAGUUCAAACUAGUUUGAAAGAAUAAUAGGGGGGGUUGUUUUGCAACAUUUUUGAGCGACUAAGUUUGAAAUAACAUGUUUGAUUACUGGAACAGGGGGUAUGAUGGUACUUUCCUAAAGCUGAGUUUAUUCUGUCCUAUUGGAACCUCUUGUUUCUACUGGGCUUGCCUUUUCAUGAUAAAUUGUUAUUGAUUCCUUCUA